GUGAAGCAUCAAAUGGACCUCCCUUUGUUUUACUCUCUGCUACUUGCACUAGUGAGGCACUUUGUGACUCCUAUGAAAUGUGCUUUAAAAAAAAUGCAACAUUGAAACUUUAGGUGGGAGAACAGGUCUGUGUUAUUCUUCAUGUUAAAUUCUUAUAACUGAUUAUGUAAAUCAUGACGUAUAUUUAGUGGUGUUCUACUCACCCCUCAUUAAACCUGACUGGGGAAUAUCUUUAUACACUCAACACUGAGUACAACAAACAAUAUUAUCAACUAAUAAAGAAACGUUUGACUAAUUUACACCCCUAGAGUGACCCACAGUUCAGUCUUAAAUCCUAAGCCAUAGAUGGACUGUAAACAGAACAAGGAACUGAACGUUUCAGAAAACAAGUAAAUGUAUAACUAUUUCCUGGAUGAAUUGUCAUAAAAGCUUACAGCAACUCAGGAGAUUCCAUAAAAUAAUGGUUAAUGAUCUACUAAAGGCUAUUAGAAGUUGGAUUAAAUGAACGGAUUGUGAGGAGAGGUACAGUUAUUGGGUUUGCACAAAAUGGGAACUCUGGCUCUGCUGUUUCUGCUGUCCUCCUGGGUGACUGAGCCUGCUGCUGUAGCAGUGCUCAAUACAGAUACAACAUCUGAAGCUGGAGACCGGACAGAGAAUGGUAACGAGAUUCAGAACUACAGUACCCAGACACCACUAGUCUGUCAGCUUAGCACUUGUGAGCUCCUCCUGAGCGAGCUGCGGGCCAUGCAGGAGAAGAUGAGGGCCAUGGAGACCAGGCUGGAGUUCAGCGAGACCAAAACAGUGGCCAUGGAGAGUGAUCUGCAGGCCAGCAAGACCAAAGUAGUGGCCAUGGAGACCAGGCUGGAGGCCAGUGAGAGCAAGCUAGUGGCUACUGAGGAGAAAGCAGGAAUCAUGGAGGCAAAGCUGCAAACCCACAAGAAUGAUAUUGAAGAACUAAAGGAAGAAAACAAAGUUCAAGGACUAGAAAUCCAAGCUCUGAGGCACCGGUCAAACUUCACUGAGGCUGAGCUGAGAGAACACAGCAUACUGCUGGAGGAACUGAGCAGAGCCAAGCCCAAGGUGGCUUUUGCGGCAGCAUUGGGAGACGGAGGAAAUGUGGGUCCAGCAAGUAAUGAACACACCCUACCCUUUAAAAAGAUCUUAACAAAUGUUGGCAGUGCUUAUAACCCUUCAACAGGUGUAUUUAUCGUGCCGGUCAGGGGUGUCUACUAUCUCAGCUUCUCAUCUUACAGACCUGGGAGCACUGGAAGGAGGGCUUGCGUGAGCCUCUUCAGAAAUGAUCAGCGUUUACUGACGGCCUGUGAUGGAGAUUCAAAGGAUUCUACAGACAGUGCUGGUAACGGAGCUACUCUGCUCCUGGAGAAGGGCGACCACGUCUAUAUCACACUCCAUAGCGGCGCCGUAGUCUACGAUGAUUAUCAUAACCGGAGUUGCUUUAGGGGAUUCCUCCUUUUUCAGAUGUGAGAAGCAUGAAGAUAUAUUGUGCCAGUGAAAAUUGCCCGAGACACAUGGAUUUUCACAAUCUGUUGGCUGUGCCAAAUUAAUUAGUCUUUAUUAUUAAUUGCAUGUCUUGCAUUUCAGAUAUGUGAUGGCACACCACUAGUUAUGCGAGCACAUACAGAAUGAAAACGAGCGCAGAUUCAGGAAUCGAGAGCAUAAAUACAGAAACUGAAGGGUGAAAAAUAAUCUUGUGGUGAAUAAAACUGUUAUCACAUGUGUAAUAAUUAUGAUUGAGAGCACAGAAAUGACGUUCGCAUCGGGCCGGUUACUGGCUCUCGAUUUGAAACUUUCUGUGUAUUUUUUCCAACCUGAAACAUGUGAUGGAUUAAGGCUCGAUCAGAUGAUCGACACCCAUCAAUAGAUAUGGCGAGAGUUCAAGUGCACCAGGUACUUCUGCUUCACAAGAACAGGUGCUAAUGCUAUUGAUGUUACGUUGAAUUAUAUAUUAUUAAAUAAAUUAUAAUUUGCAGUCACAUUAGAAGUUUCAGUUCGCAGUUUAAUCGACACACAGGGUGAUUGUCUGAUCGAGCCUUAAUCCAUGACGUGUUUCAGGUUGGAAAGGUGAAGGGAGGGCAAAUUGUUAUGGCACAAUCUGAUAGUAUUGCUUUUCUUACUCUCUUCACUAGAUGACUGAUUUUGAUCAAAUGGAAAGACAGCAAAUCCCCAACAUUUACACAAUGGAUAAAAGAUGCCCUUUAUUUUCUCAAACCUGAAAGAAUUAUAUACUAUUUGAAAGGAUCAGCAAAUAAGUACAAUCAAAUAUGGGGACCUUUCUUAGAUUGUGUUAGGGAACAAAUCACAUUGUCUGACUCCGAGUAGAGUGAGCAGAGACAUGCUUUAUAUUUUAGGUAUUUUUCAUUUGUGGAUAUGUAUGGAAGUUCCGUAAUGUAUGAUGCAGCAGUGUUAACCAUACUGCAGUGAUGGUUCUGUAGACAGUGGUCACUCCCUUCCCUUCCCCUUUGUGUGUGAGUUUUGUAUAUUUGUCAUUUUUAUUAUAAUUAUCUUUUUUUCCCUUUUUUAUCAUAUCAGUGUUUGUUAGUGGUGGCAAUAUGUUCAAUGUAAGAAUGUCUCCUUGAAAUGAACAACCUGUCAUGUCCAUGUUGAACUGAAAUAAUAAUGAUA